CGUGGUCUGGCAGCGCGCGGGCUAGUUGUCUGUUGCCGCCAUGUCGCGGAGCGGGGAGCGAGUCUGUGGGUGUACUCCAUUGGUGGGGAAGACUCCGUUGGUGGGGAAGAAACCUUUUGCAGAAAUUAGACAUGGGCAGAAAACCACUGAAACAAAGUGGAACCGCAGGACUGUCCCAGUGACUAUCAGUUUGUUGGAAAGCAGUGAAGGUGAAGAGGAUUGGAUGGAAGCAGUUGUGAAGUUACCCGAAUCAAGUGAAGUACUUCCUGAAUCUCCAGUGGCUAUAGCAGAUGAUUUUGUUCCUGAAACACCAGCCAGUGAAAUAGCAGCACAACCCAAGUUGCAAAUGCCCAGUGUGAUGACACCACCGACUUUCCAUGCCUAUCGUUCCAAGUUGAAUUCAUCGAAGAAAUGUACCAGAGUUAAAGUUCAGCUGUUUUCAAACAGUGAAAAUACUGGAGCUGUGAAAUCAAGUCGACGACACAGUGUCAGCAGCAAGACUAAGAGACAGGAUUUGUUGAGAGAUCGUGAAAACUUUUCUCCUGUUUGCUUAUUUGGGAAGAGAUCUGCUGGUCCUAAUGAGGUACCCAGAUUGAAAAAGCAGAAAUCAGCUCCAGUGAAGGAAGUAAUUGGUGACAUGGUCCAGGAUAAACAGGACUGUUCUGAUUGUCUUCUGCAAGAGUGUCUUGUGGCUAUUAACCAGGCUCCGCUUGGACCACAGUUGUGCAACGUUGUGAAGAAAACUGUGAAUGAAAAGCUGCGAGAUAGAAAACUGCAAAAUGGGCAGAUGAGACAAUGUGGGAAUUAUGUUUUGAAGCCACUCUCUUCUCCAAACUGUUUAUCUAAAGAUGCAAACCUUCCUGUGUCUGUGUGGAAUAACGUGGGGAGCCUGCCAUUGCCCACAUCCACCACUCUGUUAAGAAAUCCCUUCAAGAGAAUAGAUAGACUGUGUACAAAUUCACAGAAUAAAAGUUGUGAUUCAGUAUUUGUUCAAAUAGCAAAAACUAAGUACGGUAACCAUAGUAAAGAGGAUGCAGACUGGAAUUGUGUUGAGCCCACAGUGCCAACAGAUAAAACAGGAGAAGUGGAGAUUAUGAAAAGCCCUGGCACAACUUUGGGGCAUCAUAAUGUGAACAAUAUUCACCUUUGUAUUGAUGAAGAAUGUGAAGAGCAAUGUGUCAAAUCUGAGGACGACAUUGGAAAUGCUGCAGCAGAUUUAAAGACUGUGUCUUCUCCGGUUGAACUAUAUUUUAGUGUGACGAACAAACCCCAGAUCUCAAAUGUUACAAAACAAUCAGAUGCACUGGGAGAAUCAAAGAGCAGAAGCUGCUCACAGAGUUUCAGUCGUGCAGCAGAGAUGCCGAAUUCUUCGAGUGAGAAGUGUUUAAAUGCUGCUGCAAGUGUGUGUAAAGGUCGGUACCAAGUGGUGUUGAUUAAUGAAGUCUUCAGUCCCAGUGGUGAUCGAGAAAAAUACUUGACAAUUACAGCGAGCCAAAAAGGCACAGACGGCCGCAGUGACACCCAGCAGUGUGUUCUGAAGGAUGAUUGGGACGCCGUUGAGGUCAAAGUCGGGGAUACGGUCUAUGUUGAAGGAGAGAAGUGUUCUGAUACCUUUGUAGUAAGCAGGGAAAAGGGGUACCUGAUUGUGAACCCAGACCACCUUAUUUCUGGGACUAGUGUUGCAAACAGCAUCCGGUGCAUGCGUAAGGCUGUGUUGAAUGAGAGAUUUAAGGCCUGUGAAAAGGGAACGCAACAGAUGUUAGUUGGCACUCUAGUUCAUGAGAUCUUUCAAAAAGCAGCAAUGAGCAACAGGUUUACUCAGAAUGCAUUGGAAGAAGUGGCCUCUCAAACAGUAUAUUCCCAAAAGUACUUGGGAGAGAUGUACAGUUUGAAUCUGAGUCAAGCGGAUAUGAUGCAAGCAGUACGUGAUUACCUCCCAUCGUUAGUGACCUGGGCUCAAGAUUUCAUGGAUAAUUCUGCUCAGUCCAGCAAACGGCAAUUGCAGCUAAAACUACCCAGUGACAGAAAUUCGUCCAGACUGGCAUCAAUCUGUGGCAUCACAGUGCUUGAUAUUGAAGACAUUGAGGAGAAUAUUUGGUCCCCGAGGUUUGGAUUAAAAGGCAAGAUUGAUGUAACAGCAUCUGUUAAAAUUCACUGCCAACCCAGGACACAAACUAAAGUCAUGCCGUUGGAGCUUAAAACUGGGAAAGAAUCUAAUUCAGUGGAGCACAGAAGUCAGGUAAUCCUGUACACCUUACUGAGCCAGGAACGCAGGGAAGAUCCUGAAGCUGGAUUUCUCUUGUACCUCAAAACUGGUGCCAUGCAUCCAGUACCAGGAAAUCGUAUGGACAAGAGAGAAUUGCUGAAGCUAAGGAACCAGCUGGUCUUUUAUUUAACCAAUGGCAUUGUCUGGCCAGCAUCAAAGAAUACUGACAUCAAGGCCGCAGUACUCCCUCCCAUCAUCAGUGACCAACAGACUUGCAGGUUCUGCUCACAGCGACGCAACUGUGCUUUAUACAGCAGGGCAGUGGAGCAGGAGUUGGAGAACUGUUCUGUACCUGCAGAUGUGAAGCCAAUUCUGCAAGAAGAGACUGAGCACUUGGAACUUGUUCACUUGCAAUACUUCCGUCUCUGGUACUUGCUCUGUGUUCUGGAGGCGCAAGCUGUUGAUAAGAAAGAAGGACUGAAAAACAUCUGGCUGCACUCUGCAGAGGAAAGGGAGCAGCAGGGAUGCUGUGUUGCUAACCUUGUGCGCAGUGAUUGCAUCCAGACCAUUGCUGAUGGACAGUAUGAGCAUAAAUUCACGCGGAGGGCUGGAUCAAUAUCAAAAACCUCAUUAAUGGUUGGAGACAGAGUCGUUGUAAGUGGUCAGGAGAAAAUGCUGCUUGCUGUCGCUUCUGGAUAUGUCACUGACAUCUGCUCAUUCCAGAUCACAUGUACUUUAGAUCGGAACCUCUCAAGGCUGCCACUAGAAACUAUCUUCAGACUUGAUCAUGAAGAGGGAGUUGGAAAUGUGAACAUUCAUUUAGGGAAUCUUUCGAAGUUGAUGGAAAAAUCUGUAAUCAGUGAUAAACUACGGAAGUUGAUCAUCGACCUCAGGCCUCCACAAUUCAUUCCUUUCCUGAGCACUGUACUCCCAGGGGAAGCAAAGGAAACGGUGGCCAAUAUUUUGCGAGGCCUGAACAAACCUCAGAAACAAGCAGUGAAGCGGGUACUACUUUCCAAGGACUACACACUUAUCAUGGGCAUGCCCGGAACAGGCAAAACUACCACUAUCUGUACUCUGGUGAGAAUCCUUCAUGCUUGUGGUUUCAGUGUCCUCCUAACAAGUUAUACUCACUCAGCUGUUGAUAACAUUUUAUUGAAAUUGGCUCGUUUCAAGGUGGGCUUCCUGCGUUUGGGACGUUUCCAAAAGGUUCAUCCAGACAUUCGGAAGUUCACAGAUGAGGACAUUUGUAGAAGGAGAUCCAUCCAAACCAUAACUGAGCUCGAAAGGCUGUAUAAAAGCGAACUGGUGGUUGCAACAACAUGUAUGGGAAUGAAACACCCAAUAUUCAGUCAAAGAAGGUUUGACUUCUGUAUUGUGGAUGAGGCAUCCCAGAUCAACCAGCUGAUCUGCCUGGGCCCUUUAUUUGCUGCUGAUCGGUUUGUAUUGGUGGGAGAUCAUCAACAGCUACCUCCCAUUGUUCAGAGCUCAGAUGCCAGAUCUCUGGGAAUGGAUGAGAGUUUGUUUAAACGUCUGGAGCAGAAUCUUGAUGCAGUCGUUCAACUGAACGUUCAGUACAGAAUGAACAGUACGAUUAUGUCACUCAGCAACAAGUUAAUAUAUGAAGGAAAGUUGGUGUGUGGUUCAGAACAAAUAGCAACUGCAACUUUACAGCUGCCCAAGUGGAAUGAGCUGCAUGUACUUGGCCUGAAAGAUACUUGGCUACAAGAUGCCCUGGAGCCAUAUGAACCUGUUUGUUUCCUUGACACUGAAAAGGUGCCAGCUCCGGAGAGAGAUGAACCAUAUGGACUGAGCAACCUGACCGAAGCUGAGCUGGUGUAUUGCUUGACAACAGUGCUGGUAAAGGUUGGCUGCAAGCCCUGUAACAUUGGGAUUAUUGCACCUUAUAGACAACAACUUAAAGCUAUCUCUGCUGUGUUGAAGCGGGAAAAAGCCUUCAGUGCUGUUGAGGUCAAUACAGUGGACAAGUACCAGGGGAGAGACAAAAGUGUGAUUAUUCACAUACAGUCUUUGUUGCAAAGCAUGUGCAUUUGUCUUCCUGAAAAAUGUGAAUGUGGGCAGAACUGCUGUUUAGUGUUGUGUGCCUAUGAAAGGGAUAUACUUGAAUCAUAACUGAACCUCUAUCUACCUCCUGGAUAAGCACUGCCAAGCUAGACUGACCUAUGCCUGUCAUUCAGGUGGAUCUACUGCCUCUAAAUAUGAACCUAAACUAAUUGAUUAGAAAUUCCUCACAUUGUUUAGUUAAUUCUGAAGAAGUUUGAAUUCCCUCAACUACCAAUUUCUAAAUUAGGUGGACAUAAGCUCAAAAUUAUGUCGCACCAACUCAACUACUCAAACUCUAUUAAUGUAUGACACUGCAUCACAUCAUAUUAAUGUGUAAUACCCAACAUAUACAUUAUUGUAACACUGUGAAAGAUUUGGAAGUAUUUCUGGUAUCCUGUUGCCAAGAUGAGGGAUAUUGGUUGUUAACUUCCAGAUCUUAAAAGAGAUUGUAAAGUCAGUGCAGAUUUCAUUUAGUCAAUGUAUAUCCAAACUCAGCAUCUCAAUUUGCCUUUUCAUGGCUUUGAUGUGCACAACUGAACCAUUUUAUUUCUCAUUUAUUGCAGCACUUUCAUUUAUUGGCUUAUGGACAUUGGUGAAUUAAAUCCUUGCCAUUUAAGGGAUAGCUGCAGGGAUGGAGGAGGAAUGGGGAGCUGUAUGUUCACUGUAGUGUAGAAAAUUUUGUGGUACACCAGAAUGGGUUGCUAUGUGCUUAUGUACUGAUGAUCUGGUAGAAUGCUAUUUCUGAUACCCUGGGCUGCUGCUUAUAUCAUUUAAGAUUGUUGAGACUUCCUGGACCAGUUGGGAAGUGAUUACCAUUAUAGAGUUUCCAGCACAUUAACCUGGUGUACCUAUUUUAAUACAUACUUGUAGCUGCGCAACAAUUUCAAUAAAGUUUACAAAAAUUAACCAAAACAGACAUUUUCAUUUUUACAUUGAAACACUGAUUUUGUCCUGUGACUGAGAAGGGGGACCUUUUAGGGAUCAAUGAUUACAGUAUCGUAAAAUUUUAGCUAGCUAUGGAAAAGGACAAAGAACAAUCCAGACAAAGAAUAAUUAACGGGAAGGAAAGCCAAUGGGGUAAGAAUGGAUCAGACAGAUAAAUAGGAAUUAAAAUGUUGCCAGACAAGACUGUAACUGUAGAAACUAUAAAAUUACAGUCAGUUCGGGCACAUGCUGGAGAACGCAUAUGCAAAAAUAGCUGUCACUUUCCACUAGUUAUAAUCUUCAAGUAUUUGAUGCCAGAAGACAGUAAAAUUUUACCUAUUAUACCCUAGUUUGAAAAGAAAGUGUAAAAGAACAGCAACUGUAGGCCAACUGUUUAACUUUGGUGAGGAAACUUCUAGAAAUGAUUAAUUGGGACAAAUGAAUUAAUUACAUAAAGUCAGUUUGAAUUUGUAUGGUAUCAUGCUUAAUUUACUUCAGUGUUUUUAAGAAGUAACAUAAAAGUUUGCUGACAAUAAUUCAGUUGAUUCCAAAAGGCAUUUGAUAAAGUACCAUUUGAUUGUUUUAUCAGAGAAUGUAACACUCAUAGAAUAAAAGGCAUGGAUAUAGAAUUGGUUUACUGACAGAAAACAGUGUAAUGAUAUUUUUCUUGAACCAGAAUGUGAAUUUUUUUUUGUGGAAUCAUUAUAGCCGGUGAAGUUUAAUGCAAAGAAGUGUCACUGAUUUACUUUUCUAGGACAAAUGCAGAGAGAUGAUAUAGUUUUAAAGGGAAUGUAGUAACAGUAACUUCUGUGUACAGCAAAUUUUGUUUGAACCAGGACUCUUGACAAACCGACAAAAAUUAUACUCUGAAAUACUGGAAGUUUACGAUAUUAUUGUUAUAUCUGAGUAGUUGGCCAAGGGUGCAAUUGAGAAGGCUCCCUAUCAAUAAGUUUUAUUUAAGGCAUAGUUACAUCAUUAUAAGUGAUUUAUGCUGUAAAUAAAAAUGUCUGCAUAUACCCCCUGCAUAAA